AUGGCCCCGCCCCCGCUGAUGCUGCUGGUUGCCAUGACGAUCACGACGCAGGUUCUGAGUUCAGAGUUGAGAAUCCGUCGUUACGUCAUCAACCCCCUGUACCACAAGUGGGACCACAAUAACCUUACAUACAGGAUCCUGGCCUUCCCUCGGACUCUCUCUCAGACUGAGACGCGUAAAGCUCUGUCUUCAGCGUUCACCAAAUGGAGCGACGUGUCACCACUAAGCUUCACCGAGGUCACGGCUGGGCAUGCUGACAUCACCAUCGGGUUCCACUCCUUGAAUCACUCCGACUGCUGGAGCUCCCCUCUGCACCCGUGCUUUGAUGGUCUUAACGGGGAACUGGCCCACGCCUUCCUGCCACCGCGAGGAGACAUCCACUUCGACAACCACGAGUUCUGGGUCCUGGGGAAGUCUCGCUUCAGCUGGAGACAAGGGGUCUGGCUGAAUGACUUGGUCCAGGUAGCGGCCCAUGAGAUCGGUCACGCUCUGGGACUGUGGCAUUCCCGCGACCCGAAGGCUCUGAUGCACCCGAACGCCACCUACACGGGUCAGAGGAGCUUGACCCAGGACGACCUGCACGGAAUCCGCCAGCUCUACGGCUGUGAGGAUAAGAAGCGUGUGUGCGACCCAUGGGCUCGUCUGGGAUUCUGUGAGAGACGGAAAUCCUUCAUGAAGAAAAACUGUGCUCUGCGCUGUGGCCUGUGCUACGAGUGGGAGGAGGCAGCGCCUACUGCCCCGCCCGCUCACCUGAGGGUGAAGACCGUUCCUCGAGGGAAAGUGGUCGGGUUCAGAUGUGGAACCAGGAACCUGAGGAACCAGCGCAAAAUCAGGUGGUAUAAAGAUGGAGAGCUGAUCCUGGGUUCGGUCAAAGGACACAUUGAAGUAAAAGGCCGUGAUCUCAGAAUCGUCGCUAACGAGUUUAACGAAGGAAGCUACACCUGUCGCCACGGCAACCAGGGCCCCGCCUCCUCCUGGGACAUCCGUGUCCAGGACCAGGACUGA